UACUGCCUAGCCUACCUGCUUGCUAAGCAAUAUAAGUACAACAAGUCCCUUGCCCUAUAUAAGAGGGCAUGUGAUGGGUACAGUGUUGUUCUUGGCAAGCACCACCCAACUACCUGUGCGUGCUGCCAACACCACAGCGCCGUGCUCGCGUUACAAGAGCAGUCU